UGACGAUAAAGCUCCAGCAGCUGACGUCUCACAACCAAAGUAACUGAGGUGCCACUGUAGACGUAUAAAGUAGACCUAUGGUUCUCAAACUGGUACGUGUACAAAUGUGGUCAUAUAAUGAACAAGCAAUAACCAAUAACAUGAUCUGAGUCACAUUAUAUUGACAGGUAAACAUGGUUAUUAGGUUCUGUAACAUUUACACAGAAAAAUGAUGGAAUUUUAACAAAAACAAUUUUGAUAAUUAGGUUUGAGUGUUUCUUUUAAAGAAUUAAAACAAGUUAAUGUGAUUUUUUUUCAGUUUCUUAAAUGUGAAUAUUUUCUGGGGUUUUUGCUCCAUAAAACUAUAUAUAAUUUAACUGAAUCAUUUUGGUUUGUGGACAAAAACAAAACAGUUUGUGAACAGGUUAAACGAUAAUUUGAAAAUAAUCAUUAGUAUUGUUCCAUAGAUGGACAAUUCUACAAUUCUACACCAUAAUCUGAAAGUCAGUCUAUAUUAAUAAUUAUUGCAAUUAAAAGUCAGAUGUCUAAGUUUUGCUCCUGAGUGAAGGUUGGUUUUAAAAAUCUUAACUUUACUAUACUUUACAUGUCUAAGGUAAAACAUGUAUGCGUUCAAUUCAGUUUUGUUUUAUUUAUAUUGUGAUGCUGUCGUGUGACCAGUAGGGGGAGACAAACUCGCGUGAGACAAUACUGUAGCGCGUUCUGUGUGUGUGUGUGUGUGUGUGUGAGGGGGGGGGGUUAACCGGUCUGACGAUUUUUUUUUACAAAUUCACGCGUCAUUUGUACACUUUCUCUUUUCAAACCUCUGAAAAAAAUCACAACUAUAGUUCAAAAUGUCCCGUAAAAACCUUAAAAACGGUUGGAGCAGAAAGAAACAAAGAGAUUUCCGGGUUGUUCGUAGCCACAACCCUUCAGUGAAACUCCGGCCGGUCAUUGGUCGGACAGAUGCAGAGCGCCUCUCUGAUUGGCUGCGGGCCCCGUCAGUCAACUCUGUUGUUUCCCAGCGGCAGGAGGAGGAGCAGUGACUGUGACAGUGGACGGAGCUGAUUCACGCUGCGCUGUGGAGGAGAAGAUGAAUGUGGAGGCUCUGAGCAGAGCGGAGCUGCUGACUCUCCUCACUAUCCUGGAGGGAGAGCUGGAGGCCCAGGAUGUGGUCAUACACGCCCUGAGGGCUCAGCACAGAGACUCCUUCGUCCAGGAACGUUAUGGCCACUACGACCUCAGCGACCCCUUCCUAGCGCUGCAGCGGGACAGCGAGGCGGAGGAGCGCCAGAGCACGGUGGAUCAGUGCGGCUCCGGUCGCCCGCAGAGCCGGGCGGCGGGUCCGAACCCUCUGGCCGUCCUCAAGCUGGUCAUGGCUCACUGCAAGAGGAUGCAGGAGAGGAUGCUGGGACAGCUGGCUGCUUCCGAGAGCAGACACAGGCGGGUGAUCGCUGACCUGGAGGAGGAGAGGCGGCGCUGCGUCCAGGACUCGGCGCAGAGCGACCACUUCGCCGCCAUGAUGCGGACAGAGAGAGACACGCUGCUGCAGCAGUUGGAGGCGGAGCGUGCGGCCGUGCGGCGGCUGGAGGAGGAGCAGGAGCAGCACAUGACCAAGGUGGAGGAGUCGUUGUCGCAGCAGCAGCAGCUCUCCUCCGCUCUGACCCUGGAGCUCCAGAGGACCAGCGGUCAGGCCGAGGAGGAGGCGCAGAGGGUCUCCCAGCUCCGCGCUCUGCUCCAGGAGGAGAACGUGGAGCUGGAGAAGCUCCGGGAGGUUCUGGAGGACGAGAGGAGCAGAGCGGCUCAGCUGGAGGCGCGAACGGAGGCUCAGCUGGCCGAGUUUGACGCGGAACGGCAGCGGAUGAAAGCCAGGAUCUGCAAAGAGGAGGAGAGGAGCAGGGAGCUGGAGAGGCAGGUGGAGGAGCUGAGGAAGAGGUUGUCUGAACCUGAGGGAGGAAAAGAAGAGGUGAAGGUGACGUCCACCUCUGUGCAGACGGUUCCUGACGGGAAAACCUCUCCCAGAUCCACGUCUUUAUCCAAGGUCAACGGUCACAGAGAGAGCGAGUGGUCGCAGGGAGCAGAGAACGGCGCGGUGUUCGACAGCGGUGGAGGAGGAGCUUUGCAUUCCCCACUUCACCCUCACCCUCGCUCCCCCUCCAGCACGGCCUCCUCUUCCCUCUCCUCCUCCCCCAUUUCCUCCCCCGUCCUUGCCAAGCGCCUGAGCAGCCCGGGCUUCCAUCAGUCCUCAUACCAGGCCGGAGUCAACCAGAGAUUCCAAGCGGCGCGGCACAAGUUUCAGAGCCAGGCGGAGCUGGAGCAGCAGCAGCAUGGCGGCCCCCUCUCCCCCAGAGACCUCUCCCCCACCACCGCCUUCGCUCCUCCCCCACCAGAGCACAACACGGCCAAACAGCUGGCCCGCAACACCGUCACUCAGGUUCUGUCCCGCUUCACCUGCCAGCAGGCCGGAGUCAAGCUGGCGCCGAUCAGCAGCUCUCCCUUCGGUACAGACUACCGCAGUCUCGCAGCGACCCCUCCUGGAGGGAGGUCGCCGUCUUUGGGGCCGCUGUCUCCGGGCGUCCGCUCCCCGCUCAGUCCCCGCUCAGACAGGACCCACCCCCCUCCUCCUCCCACCGCCCCCAAGAAGCCAGGAAUGAGUCCAACCCCGGGUUCCCCGAGUCACUCCGCUCGCACCAGCCUCUUCCCGGAGCUGACGGGAAACUGCGGACACGGCAGCCAGGAGGGGGCCAAGGAACCGGACCUGGUUCUGUCUUCCAGCAGCUAACGGCUGAAACGCAUCUGUCUUCAGGACUUUAAAAACAAACAUGCCACACUACAGGAAGGAGGCGGGGCCAGGAAGGCGACGCGACAACAAGAGGACAAUCGGAGAAUCUUUAACAAAUAAAGAAGAAAGGAGCUAAAAAUGCUGCUUAUGCAUUUUAAUUUUUGUCUUUGUGUGAUCCCGGGACUCUGACCAGGAUCAAACCCAGACUACAAAACAUCGUCUUUCACACAGAAAUGAGUGAAACCGUUUCUCGUCACAGAAGGAAACGACUCCGGCGUCUCUUCCUGUCUCUUCACACGCUAACGAAAAGUCCUGUUGUUUGAUUUCAGUCCAAAUAUGUGGGAUCAGCAGGGGGCAGUAGUGUGUAGAAAUAUGGAUGAAACUAAAGCACAACAUGGAUGAUGUGAUAGAAAGAGUCAAUUUAACACCAACUCUUAUUUGGACAGGAUGGAACCAGGAUUUGUGUCAAAUUGAACACAUUUAGCGUUAAAAUAAAGAGUUGAACAGAAAGUGUUAAAUUGACUCUUUUUGUCUUAAGACUGUUUUACGAGAAAAAAAAACUUUAACGCUGUUAGAUUUACUGUGGAGACGCGAGGACGACCUCAACAACGUCUCCUGCACCCAAUGCCGAUUUAAACGCCAUAAAACUAGCGUGAAAAUCCACAGAUGGAACAAGGGCGGACUCGUGCGACUGCACCGCGGAGAUAAAGUCCCGCUCUGUUCCACCACUACCUCAACACCACAAGUGGAAAGGAUUAAAAACUCGCCCGUCUUUUUAAUAGUUGUGAAUUUGAAAUUCUAGAAUUUAUUUAUCUCGGUUAUUUUACACUUUAACCUUCUUUUAUAUGAAUUGUUGACUUUUCUUAGGUUCUUUUAAAGGGAUAGUGGAUGUUUUGUUUUUUUAAGUGAGUUCACUGCUUGGUGUUAAACAAAGAUUUAAACACUAUUAAAGACCAGAGGCUAACACUGAUAUUAAUUAUCUUAUUAUUUAACACGUUAAACUCAUAGAAAUCACUACUUUAAGCCCGUAUUUCUUAAAUAACCUCAGAAACGUGAAUAUAAAGGAACUAAUCAGGCAACGUCACCCCUGAACCCCUGAGACAAUGGUAUCUUCCGUCAUUACUAUCACAUGUGCGAGUGAAGACUCUGUUUCUAACUGAAAAGUUAAAAAACGUCGCACGCGGCAGAGUUAGCACCGACAGCAGCUGACUUUAGCGGAGCGGCUCCUUCUGAAAAUGAGUCCUACAGAGACAAGGCAACAACCGAGCCUCGCGCUCCCAGGUACAUUUUAUAUUUUUGUACACACAACUUCUGUAUUGGCUGUUUAUGCUGACUAGCCAAGUAAGCUAACAAGCAUCGCCCUGUGACAUUAGCUUCUCACUGGGGCCAACAGAGACAAGGAAAGAACUUAGCAUUCCAGGCUAUGCUAACACAUGAGUGACACCCUCAUUAAUGCUAUGUGUGCACAUUUUAUGUUUUUGUACACAGAACCUCUCACAUUAGCUGUCAUUAGCACAGUAAGCUAGCAGGCGUGGCCUUUUACAGCAGAAGUUAGCGCGGUUUCUACUGAAGUUAAGCUCGUUUACAGGUUUUUUUUCUUUGACGUGAUGUUUGUACAUUUUUGACAAAUUUAUGGCAGACACUGAAAGUCCUUAGCAUUUUAAAAAUGCCUGGCUAAACACGUGUACAAAGGAUUGUGGGUAAAACCUUGUUGGAAACCUAGUUUGAGUUUAAGGAAAAACCUCACGUGUCAGUCCCUUAAGUACACUUAAAAAACAACUUUAAUGCUUAUACUGCCAGAUGUGUUGGAAUAAAAAACUGUAGCUAGAAGGGCAAAAAAAAUAGAUUUAAAGGUUCAGUGUGUCAAAUUAAUGUAUGUCGGAGAAACUGCGUAGCCUUCACUUAGCAUCAAAACUCGAGGGAUGUUUACGGUGCGUUCCUUUUUUUAGUCGGAACUAGGAAUUUCCGAGGUCGUGGGGCCGUUCCUUACCUGCGACGUGGGAUUCUAAGAUGGCUGCCACGCGUAGCAACGCUGUUUCGUGUGCGUGAAACGCCACGUAGAGCGCUGGUAUCGUGGUGAACUUGCGUAUUUGUCGUACAUAAAAAGUUUACAUACGUCAAUCUAACGCCGUCUUUAAGAAAAAUCCCGUCUGACGCUCGAGUCGUGUUCGGCGUGAACACAGCAUAACUUUCCGACUUCUGAUGUAAAUGAAACCCGCAGCAUUAGUUUGUCCAUUGUGGGCUUUUGUAAAAAAAAACAUGGUGGUUCAAAAUCAGGUGAUAAGUAUAAUUCUGUUGUUUUCAAUUUCCACUAUGAUUUCACCUUAAAUUUAAAACACUGGACUUUUAGUUAUUUAUUUCUUAUGCAGCUUUUGUGGCUGUAAAAUCUGUUAAUUAACUUAAAUGAAAACAACCACAUGCAUGUUCUUUUUCUUUUCUUAUUUUUCUUUUGUCGACUCAUCGUGAAAACACUGAAUCCUUUGCACUACGUUGACUGUAAACACACUGUAUGUUUAAAAAGCUUAAAUUUCACACAAUUUAUUCAGGGAAGAUUUGUUUCUGCUUCACUCAAACCCCAGGUUUGAAUCCUGCUACUGUAAACGUCCAACAGUUUGACGUCGUCUUGUCCUAUCAAAUGUUAAAAAAACAAAAAAAAAACAUUUUAUUUUAUUUUCUAUCUUAAAAAAAAAAAAAGUAAAAGAAUUCAUGGAAAUCGAACGAUGCCAGUUUAAAUCUGUAAAUCUGUAUUUUAUAGUAAAUCUGCAUAUCAUGAACACCUGUGACACCUAGUGGCAUUUUGAAUAAAUGACUUUUGCCUUCA